GAGACUGAGAGCGGAAGCUGUGCGGGUGUAAACAAGUUGUCAGUCACUCUGCAGGGGGUUUCCAGACAGUCCUUGCUAGCGCUAGGAGCCGGAGCAGAAGCAGCAGCAGCAAUGGGAGCUGUGCUUGGAGCUUUGUCUUUAGCCAGCUGGAUCCCUUGUUUAUGUGGCAGUGCACCAUGCCUUCUCUGUGGAUGCUGCCCAAGUGGGAAGAAUUCAACAGUGACUCGUUUGAUCUUUGCAUUCUUUCUGCUGCUUGGGGUUGGAGUGGCUUGUAUUAUGUUAAUGCCAGGAAUGGAAGAGCAGCUCAAGAAGAUACCAGGAUUUUGCGACGGUGGCAUAGAUACAUCCAUUCCUGGAGCCCAUGGACAAGUGAACUGUGACGUGCUGGUUGGAUACAAGGCUGUUUACCGAGUUUGCUUUGGCAUGGCAAUGUUCUUCCUUCUCUUUUCCCUGUUGAUGAUUAAAGUGAAAAGCAGUCAGGACCCAAGGGCUGCAGUCCACAAUGGGUUUUGGUUUUUUAAAUUUGCCAUAGUGGUUGCUAUCACAGUGGGUGCUUUCUUCAUUCCAGAAGGACCCUUUACAACAGUCCCCUACAGCAUCCGGACCUCAAACAAUAGCCAGGUCAACAAACUGACCCUAACCAGUGAUGAAUCUACACUGAUAGAUGAAGGAGUUGGUCGAAGUGAUGGUUCCUUGGAAGAUGGUAACAAUGCACAUCGUGCAGAAGACAAUGAGAAAGAUGGUGUCACCUACAGUUAUUCCUUCUUUCACUUCAUGUUGUUUUUGGCUUCUCUUUAUAUCAUGAUGACGCUGACCAACUGGUAUAGCCCUGAUUCCUCGUAUGAAAUAAUGACAAGUAAAUGGCCGUCAGUUUGGGUGAAGAUUUCUUCUAGUUGGAUCUGCAUCAUGCUAUAUGGGUGGACCCUGGUUGCUCCACUUGUGCUGACAACUCGUGAUUUUGACUGAAGCAUAAACUGAAGAACUAUCUGUUAAUGUUUCUGUUGAUAUGCCUGGGUUUAUGCAACUGAAAUCUAAAUGCAGUGUUAAAUAACUAAUUGUGUGUUCUACCAUGUGGUAUUUAUUUCCUCUCCAUUUUAUUGCAUAAUUGGACUAAAUGUUAAAAGAUGUUUUUUUGCUGAAUUGCACAUUAAAUGCUGAUUACUGAAGUAAAAUAUUUGAUGAUUUGUAGAUUGUUGAAUGUGUGACAAUCUCAAAAAUUAAAUGUGCCCACAUUUCUUUAGAAGUGGAAAAGGCAACUUAUUUGUUCUAAGAAAAACAAUGUCUUGAAAUGUGUGAUUGGUCUUUUGUUUUUAGCUUUGCUUAUUGGUGUCUAGGCUAAGGCUUUGUAUAGAUAACAUUGUGUAAAAUGGUUGUGUAGGAAUUGCUUUUAGUGUGCACAAAAUGUAAAUGUGAGUUAAGUCAGUUAAUACUACUGAUAUUUGACUAACCAUGCUUUAACCUAACUUGAAGUUGACACAGCUACUGGGUGAAUUCUGUUGUGGACGUCAUUGUAAACAGCAUAAAUUAUCUUGCAGAUUCAUAGUUAUAAACGGUACUGAAUGAAUAUCUAAUGUCUACACUGAUCAUUUGACCUAGGCUGGUUAGCUUAAGUAUAAAUUUACAAUUGAUACUGAUUGGCAUAGGAUAAUGGUAUCUUCAAGUAUAGGAACUGAAUGUAGUUUAUUGCCCAAUUGUCUUUGUCUUUUAAAGCACUGUUAUUUUUGCAUGCAUAAUGGUAACUGAGCUAUCCUUGCUGUCAAUCAUAACUGAGAUGUAUAGUUACUGCUUAUAUUUUAAAGGCCUAAUCUACAAGUUAUUGACCUUUUGAGGCCUUAGUAAAAUGAUUGUUUGGAAACAUUCUUCCCUACUGCCUUGACUUUAAAAAUUCAGUAUUAAUGAUGGAAGGUAUCAUAUGCCUAAUUCUGAAAGAAAUAUGCCACAAACUUUUAUUAAUCUAUUUUCUGCUUAAUCGUUUUCCUUUUAAAGAUGUUGUUUUCCACUUAUUUACAUGAUUAAAUUUUCGUCAGACAAA